AUGUGCGCCAGGAUCGCGUGCGCGCGCGAUCGGGCAAACAACGCCGACAACAUGCGGAAGGAGCGAGAGGUGGAGCUGGAGCGGAAGAAGAGGGAAGAUGAGCAGGAGAUGGAGCGAAAGCGGGACCUCAUCCGCGAAAUCCGAGCGCUGGAGAAGGUGCCAGUGGAGCGUGCCAAGCUCUUCGACCCCGCGGAGCCUCCGUGCCAGGGCUUGCUGGAGGAGAUGUCUCUGGCGGAGCUCAAAGAGCGGCUCCGGAUCGUCACAGCACAGAAAGAGAAGGAGCUGGACAUGAAGCGGGAGAGGCCCGCGGCAUGGAUGUUCUCCAUCUUGUCCGUGCUUGUUUGCUGGGCGGCAGCAGAGCAAGCUUGUUGUGGCAUGGGUGUGGCAGGGGAGUGCGUGGCCACGAUGGAUUGGCGACACAUGUUGGCGAGUCUUGCACCUGGCAGUAGUGCCAACUUCUUCAACACUUUCUUGAAGGUUUGGGAAGACGCCUCGCCUUUGACGGGCACCAUCUUUUGCCUGGGAGAUCGCCCCGGCUCCUGGAUCGUCAGCAACACCUAUGGCCAGAAUGGGGGUCUCUACGAUUCCUUCCAGGGCUUAACUUAUCUACGAAAUCUCUUCAUGGACCCCGGUGAUUCGGAGACCUGGGGAACAGUUGGACUGUACAUGGGCCUCUUUUGUCCUUCAGGCACCAGUGUGGAUCAGUACACCGAGCUUAAGGUUGGCUUUGCCUUCAACAAGUGCAACAGUGGUGUGAAUUUCAUGUUAUCCAUCAGUGCAGAUACCAUCGAAUGCUUUGCAGACAAGUUCGCGCCCGUGAUCAGCCGACUGGCUGGCCUGAUCCCGGAGCUGAGCUUCGGGAUAUCAAUUGACCGGAAACUGUUCAAGACGGUGACGGUGGCCCAUGGUGAUGGUGAUUCCAUCCGUGUGGGCAGCAUCACCUUACAUUCUCAUCUUGCCAUGAGCACCACAAUUCGGCUUUCCAUCGGUCAGUUGCUUGGUAUGGAUGAUACCAUUGGAGAUGUACUGGCCGGAGAUUUGCAAGCCCAGUUCGCAGUGGCCUAUGACAGCACUGACAGCUUGGUUUCGGCUCUGACUUGGAUGGCGUCCAGUGACCCCUCCGAUUCCUUGCCGGACCUGGUGGGUGGCUUUGCGUCCGCCUACAAAGUGGGCCCCACCGCAGCCGCGGCGCUGUUGCGGCAAAGCGGGGCGGCCAACCAGGUGGUGUCCCUGGUGGAAGGCAUCCAACAUUGCACCAGCAUGCUGCAGGUUAACGGAUACGUGACACUAGCCCUCAGUGAGCCCAGUCGGGGCAUUCUGCCAGACAUGUCCUUCCAUAUCUUCCAAGUGAACAUGAUGUUGCGAACCGGCCCGGCAGAGAGCAGUCAGGACGCGGACUAUGCGCAAUCCCACCUUCCGGGCCUGUAUUUCUACCUUUCGGCGGAUCUAGGUGCGUUCGUGCAGAGCAUCGUGAGCACCGUCCUUGGUCAGAUUGGAGGAUUGUUGGAUGUGGUGGGUGCAGACAUCAGCGGCGGCAUCUCCUUGAGCGCGAGCCAAGGCAUCGGCUUCUUUGUGAAUACCGCGGGCCUGGGGUUCUACACCGAAGCCAAGCUCGGGGGUUCCACCACCGAGAUAAAGUGCGUCUUCAAGUACGGCAACGGCAAGCUGAAGUGCAAGGCGCGGCUGGGAUGGGCCGAGCUCUUCCUGAGCGGUGGCAAGUUCGUGCUGCGGAAGAUCAACAACUUUGCCGGCAGCGGGGCGCAGGAAGUGGCGGAGUUCUUCAAGGAGGAUGUGGGAGGCACCGGCGCCAAAUUCGCAAAGUCGGUGGUGAACAAGGGCAAGAAGAUUGCACAGCGGGCGAAGUGCAAACUCAGUAACCUGCUGGGCGGUUCUUGUGGCAAGUCCGGAGGUACCCCAAGUUCGUGUGGAGAUGGAACGGAGUAUGUCAUCAAGAAUGAGGAGGACAAGUGUUUGUCGAUCUCUCCAGAUUGCUAUAGCCCCCAAUCUGAUGGUAAGGUCUACUUUUACGACAGCGCUAAAUAUUGUAUGCCUCUUUUUGAUGAAUGCACGCACUUCUCCAGCAGCUAUUCCACGCAGAUGCGAAACUUCUGGUGGUUCACAAAGGACCGGUAUUUGUGCAAUGAGUAUAUGCACAACAUGUACUUUGGUGACAUCCCAGAUCCGGACGAUAAUCCAAAAUGCCUUCGCCUGGAGAAUCAGAAAGUGUGGUUUUCCCGGUCUCCGAGCCAAUUUCACAUUGCCAAGAAGUCGACUGAGAGGUUCCGAGUGUCAUUCCAUGGCAUCACUGGUCCCUAUGGACAAGUCUGCCUUCAAAGUAGUUCCGGCGGUGCCACUGUGAACCAAGGUCGCCGGCGCAGAAGGUUCGGGCAAGAAGUGAUCGUCCGUGGCUACGACGGUGGCCGCCGGCGGCGGCGAUGUGACAAGGGUGGGGCCAGCAACAUGCGGAUCUACCAGAAGUUGGAACCGGGAAAUGGGAUGAACUACGAGAAGGAGAAUGGAGAUGCACAGUUCCUGAAGAAUUGCCGGUAG